GAGGGCCCCUGGACGGCCCAAGAGGGCCCCAAGACAGACCAAGAAGCCCCGAAGACGGCCUCCGUGGCCAUUCUGGCUCAAGACGCUCGGUCAGGUCGAAUUUGCCGGCUCGGCCAGUUCUGCCCGACCGGCCUGUCACAGCAGACCCGAGGCCAUGGCGGCGGAGCCGGCCGCCGCCGGGGCCCUGGAAGCCCACCUGCAGGCCCUCGUCCGGGCCCUGGACCUGCAGACGAGCUUGGUGCGCGGCGCCCUUGGCCUGCACCAGGAUCCCUCGAGCCCGGACCAAAGUUCCGCCGAGGAGGUGUUGAACAAGUUUGAGGUCGCGAUCGACCGCGUUCGGUCCGACCUGGUCGCGAUGACCACCGCUGCCGAAGGCCCUGAGAAGCCUCCGGAGAAGUUCACUGUCCAGGACAUCACCCCCCCCGAGACCACGACAAAGACUGACCAGUACACGCUGAGCGGAGCCGACUCAGACCCCGCUGCAGAGGUCGCGUUGGUCGCCGACCCUCCCUUGGACCUCGCCGCCAGAGCAAGUGCCGUGAGCUCGGCAGGCCAAAGGGAGGGCGGCCUGGGCCAGAUUGCGAGGCCCAGGUUCAAGAGCACGCGGUCUGGAGAUGUCAUGGGGACAUCCUCCAUUGAGUCAUUGAGCUCCAGUUCGUCAUUGGGAGCUUACCGGGCAAACACCCAGUACUUGAUGCAGGUAGAGUCCGUGUCGAGGAGCCAGACACAGCACUCUCCCUGCAUCGACGGCGCGCUCAAUCCAGACUGGCCUCCGAGGCUGGUGUGGGACAUGUUGAUAAUUGCCCUUGUCCUGUGCGACAGCGUGGUGAUCCCGUUCCAGUUGGCCGAGUUUAGCACGCAGCUGGGAUUCAAUCAAGUCUGGCUCUGGCUGACGUUUAGUUUUUUCCUGUGUGACCUGGUGAUGAGCUUUUUCACGGGCUACCACUCGGGCACGAAAGACAAGCGUUUGCAAGAGGGCACCCUCGUCACCAACAGGUCCAGUAUUGCAACCAACUACCUCCGUGGAUGGUUCUGGGUUGACUUUAUGAGCACUGUGCCGUGGCACGUCAUCGCUGACGCUUUCAGCUCGGACACCGCGGCAGACUCGACGUCGGCGGACCAGUUGACGAAGCUCGCAAAGGUAAUCAAGUUGACGAGGCUUCUGAGGCUGAUGAGAAUGCUGCGCCUCUACAAGCUCUCGGUUAUUUGGGAGCGCCUCGAGAGCCGCAUCGGGUCCAUCACGGCCUUGAACGUGGUGAGUCUACUCAAGGUCCUCGGCGUUUGGGUUGCGAUCUGUCACUGGGGCGCGUGUUGUUGGUGGAUGGUUGGCAAGAGAAACAGCUUGGCGAUGAUCUUGACGUUUCAAGAUGACGAUCCGAAUGAGCUCCAUUGGACAGAGGUGCAGCGCAGGCACAGCCCGCACCAAGACUACGAAUUCUGGACAUGGGUCGAAAAGCCUGCGUCGGAGCAGUAUGUGUUUUGCUUCUACUGGAUCCUUGGAGUGAUGCGUACCAUGCCAGCCGAGGUCACGCCUGUCAACUUGAUAGAGAGGAUGUUCGUCCUUCUUUUCAUGUUUUUCGCCGUCAUGGCUUUCGCCGUCAACGUCGCCCGCCUCACGCAGGCCUGGUUCAAGUUCAGCGCGCGCAAGGACGCGUUCAAGGAGGAGAUGGCGUUCGUCCGCAUGCACCUGAGAACGAACAACUGUACGACUUCGCUGCAAUUGCGCGCGCAGGCAUACCUGAGGUACCUCUUCGAGAAGAGGAAGAUCCAUGCCAAGGAGAUGUCCCUGCUGAGCGCCCUACCCGACGGGCUGAAGCUGCAGAUGAGGCAGGCCUACAGGAUCCCCUAUCUCAAAUUGGUUCCAGGUCUCGAGGACUGGACUGAUCAAGUUCUGCGACGAUUCUGUGACGCCACCGAGACCGUGGACUAUCUGACUGGCGACAAGAUUACUGAGAGGCACAACGACGCGGAAGCCGCCUACGUGCUCAUGAUCGGUGGCAUACAGGUAUUCCACGAGACCCCUUCGAUGACACGUUUCUCCACCAACAAUGGCCACAACGUGUCCUCGAUGCUCAGGGCCAUGUCGCCGACGUCUAUCGAAAGCGGCCCCCCCCUGACGGUGGUGGACGAGCAUUGCCUUUUCGAUAAGGAGGCGAAUUCGUUGUGCAGGAACACUGUGGUGGCAACGGAGUGUUCUGAAGUGCUGCGCAUAGAUCGGCUGAAAUUCCAGGAAGUGUUGCGUAUGCGCGGCAACAGGGAGUACGAGAAUCUUUUGGCAACAAGAGAGAACAGCCGGCAAAGGGCAGCCGGAACCCCCACAUACGGCAACCAGCGGCGUUCGAGGGCCUCAGUGGCAUGGCACCACAUCGUAGCUCGCCUAGGCAUCCCAGGCGCUACCUCAGGGUAGGUCGCUUUACCAGACAGCUGGAUGAGGGAGGGGACGCGGCAUGGAAGCUUACUAGGUGCAUGCGCGUCUGUCUUGUGCUUGAGUGUCAGAUUGGAGGCUGCUGUCCGCACAAAGACAGCGGACGAGUGUGCACGUGGUACAAAGAAGUGUGGCAAUGACUGACUUGAUUCAUGCGAAAGGAAAUUACCUCAACGACCCAAAA